AGCCGCUUCGACGGCUUCUCAUGACUCGCCCUCAACGCCAGCCGAGUGUUCCUGCUGCCUCCCCACUUGAACCAUCUCGUCCUCACUUCAUUACCAGCUCACGCCAAGCGGAGAUAUGAAGCAGCCAAGGUUCUGCACGGAGCUGUUUUGGAUCCUCUGCACAUUUGCUGGUCAGGCGUGGUGCUCAGAGGACGAGACGCGUCUGGUGAAUCAUUUGUUCAGCGGCUACAACAAGGUCGUGCGCCCAGUCAAUCACUUUAGCGAAGCUGUGGUGGUCACCGUGGGAUUGCAGCUCAUCCAGCUCAUCAGUGUGGAUGAAGUCAAUCAGAUUGUGACCAGUAACGUUCGUCUAAGACAACAAUGGACAGACGUGAACCUGAAAUGGAACCCUGAUGAGUAUGGUGGGAUCAGGAAGAUCCGAAUCCCUUCCACAGACAUUUGGAAGCCCGACUUGGUGCUUUACAACAAUGCCGAUGGCGACUUCGCCAUCAUCCACGAAACCAAAGUGCUUCUGGAGCACAACGGCCAGAUUACAUGGAACCCGCCCGCCAUCUUCAAGAGCUACUGCGAGAUCAUAGUCCUGCAUUUCCCCUUCGACUUGCAAAACUGCAGUAUGAAGCUCGGCACGUGGACGUACGACGGCCUUCUGGUCGUCAUCAACCCGGACAGUGACCGUCCCGACCUGAGCAACUUCAUGGAGUCUGGAGAGUGGGUUCUGAAGGACUACAGAAACUGGAAACACUGGGUCUACUACACGUGUUGCCCUGAGACGCCCUACCUGGACAUCACUUACCACUUCCUGAUGCUGCGACUGCCACUCUACUUUAUCGUCAAUGUCAUCAUCCCGUGCAUGCUCUUCUCCUUCCUAACUGGCCUUGUCUUUUACCUGCCCACCGACUCUGGUGAAAAGAUGACCUUGUCCAUCUCAGUCUUGCUGUCCCUCACCGUGUUCCUGUUGGUCAUCGUGGAGCUUAUUCCAUCCACGUCGAGCGCCGUGCCACUUAUCGGAAAGUACAUGCUCUUUACCAUGGUCUUUGUCAUCGCUUCCAUUAUCAUCACCGUCAUCGUCAUCAACACACACCAUCGCUCCCCCAGCACGCACACCAUGCCUGCCUGGAUUCGAAAGGUAUUCAUUGAAAAAAUCCCAAACAUGAUGUUCUUCUCCACCAUGAAGCGUCCCAGCCAGGAAAUCCGGCAAAAGAGAUUGUUUCCUACAGACAUGGACAUCUCCGAUAUCUCAGGCAACCCGACGCCCACUAGCAUCCCCUACCAGUCCCCCAUUAUUAAGAACCCCGACGUGCGUAGUGCCAUCGAAGGCGUCAAAUUCAUCGCAGAGACCAUGAGGUCAGACGAGGAGUCCAACAAUGCGGCAGAGGAGUGGAAGUUUGUAGCAAUGGUUCUAGAUCACAUUCUCUUGUGUGUCUUCAUGGCUGUGUGCAUCAUCGGCACUCUUGCCGUAUUCGCCGGCCGACUCAUCGAACUCAACACACUUUGAAUGAGCGCAAGCAUAGGGCAUGUCAUCCUUUGAAAGAGGUCAAUUUAGAAAAGUGUCAAUUCGGAGGUUGUAAGAUGAAGGCGCUGAAGUAGUGGAGUCCCAACUUUUACAUUGUAUAAAGAGAAAUCAAAGAAAAGACUGAUGAUUAUUAUUCCUUUUUUUUUUAAUCAAGGUAAAAGCAGGGCUGUGCAGGCUAAUGGAAAAAUCAAGGGAGAUCUGCAAAAUUGCCCAAGAAGUGGACAUUGGGGACCUCAGCGCUAAGUGUUAACAGCUAACGACGCGUCUUGCGAUCUAUGCUGGUCAUACUUGAAAUUAUGAUUUUUUUUUUAAAUGAUUGUGUCUCAUUUUUUUUCUUGUCACAUCAAAUACACUAAACAGUAAUAAGAGAUUUGGGGAGUUGAUAGCAUUUCUUUGUUUUUUCAAACAAUGUAGUAUUAUUCACACCAGGAAGUAACACUGUUCUUUGAAGCAAAUGUAACAUAUUUUUUCUGUAACUUCAUUUUGUUUUGGUCAUUGACAUUCAUGAUGAAUGUAAACAGAUUUUUUUUCGUAUGCUGAUUUGGUGGAAUUUAUCCAAACUCAUAUAGUGGUGUUAAAAUAUUUCCAAGCGAAAUGAAAGCAGAAAACAAACUUAAAAACAAGUGUUAUACUUCAGUUGCAGCUUUUAUUCACAGGAUAUCAGACAUCGUGGUACAGUGAAAAUCACAUGUCCAGUGUUAUCCUGCAAAAACAACAAAACUUUUCUUUGCUUUUGAAAAAAAUAACAGCAUUUUUCCAAUGGGCACAGAUAAUGCGCACAUUAGCCCCUUUUAAGAUAUAUACAUUUUUGAUCUAGAGCAGCAAUUCUUAAGCCUUUUACAAGUACAACCUUAAUAAAACUAUUGUCAAUAUUAAGAAAAUUGAACAAUAUACAUUUUGUAAAUCAACACUGUGCUUGAAUGGGGGGGGUGUAAAAACAAAGAUUUACUGGGAAUACAUUUAACAUUCUACUAACUAAACUAUCUAAAUUCUAAAAUUGGAUUUGUGCUUCAAAAGAAUGUUUAAGAUAAUCAUUAUAAAGGGACUAUCAAUUGAUGGGACUCAUCAAAUGAAAAUAAAGUCUUUGCAGCCUAGUGUCUCCAAUCAGGAAUGUAAUGUAUCUAAUUUAAAAUUAGAAAUACUGUACAUGUUUUUCCUCUGGACAAUUGCAGGACAAAUAAGUCUUAUACGGUGGGUGGGAGGGUGAAGUGAAAUGUUUGGAAUUAUUUGUGACUGUGAUUUUUGUAUGUCCUGGGCCAUGUGACUUUCAAAUGCUAACCGGGGAAGGUUGGCGUCUCUAUAAUAACUGAGGAACACAUAAGUGAAGGAAUUUUGGUUGCGUUGUUGUUGGAUGUCUUUCCAACAACGUGAUUGAUUGUGCAGCCAUCAUUGACUUAAUUUGGUUCAUUUUGCGAGUUAAUUUGGGCUCACAUUUUCAUUUUUUUUUUUUUUUUUUUUUUAUAUAUUUAAUUCUAGUUGUGUGUCUGUGGAGGAGUUGGAAAUAAACUUGUAAUUACUGCAUUGACUUUUUUAUACUUUCACUAAUGGUUCAAAUGACAACAUUGGCACUCAUGUUAUUGCUGAAAAACUUUUAUUUUAGCAGCGGCAGUGUCAUGAAAACAAUUAUUGGAGGU